AACAUGUUAGAUGCUAAAAAGACGAAGAGGGGUGGUCGUCGUUGAUUAUUUUUAUUUACUUAAACCCUUUGUACUAAGCUCUCUUAAAUUUUCGGAUUUCUUAGUCCAGUGUCGUUUGCUAACACAUGUCGUUGGCAUAUAAAGACGACAUGGAGCGAAUAACUGAACAGUCGUGGAAUUCUUCUUACACAUACCAGGUGAGCAAGCAUAGCGCCGAGAUGCUACACAACCUUAACACACAGAGAAAAGAUGGAGGCAGGUUCUGCGAUGUGAUCUUGCGUGUAGGAGAGGAGAGCUUCCCUGCCCACAAGGCGGUGUUGGCGGCGUGCAGCGAGUAUUUCGAGUCUGUAUUCAGUUGUCAGACGGAAGGCGACGGCGAAGCUAAAGAGCUGGAGAUGCAUACAAUCAAUCCCAAAGUUUUUAAAGACAUCUUGGACUUUGCAUAUACCUCUAAGAUCGUGGUCCGUCUGGAAUGUUUCCCCGAGCUGAUGACAGCGGCUAAGUUUUUGUUAAUGAGGUCUGUCAUCGAGAUCUGUCAGGAGGUGAUCAAACAAUCCAAUGUGCAGAUCCUUGUCCCUCCAUCUCGUGGAGGGGACGUCAGCUUUUUCAGGACAUCAGGGAACGCGGAUCCGUCUUUCUCUGUGCCCGUUAAUAUGUCAAAUGGCAAUGGAGUAGUGACCAAUGGCGCUGUAUAUCCAAACAACGGGCAACAACACACAGCUGCCGAUGCUCAUGGUGGUGAUACAGUUAUGUCAGGUGUUAGCUCCCAGUGCGGUAUGCCGGUUUUACAACCCGUCGACAGGCUACCCGUGUCUCCGUCGGAGAUCACGGAGAACAACUUCCCUGGAGGGUCCCCUAGCAGCAGCAAACGUGGUAGAGGACGGCCAAAGAAAGUGACUACUGUCGAACCCAUGCAUUUCAAUAACAACAACACCAAGGAAAUUGACAUGUUUUCUUGUGGGAUAUGUGGGAAGAUAUUUACGGAAGUUGACCUCCUGAGGAGUCAUGAAGCGCAGCAUGGAGCGGGAGCGACUAGCGGUGGACUGAGCGAAAGGGACGGUUUAGGUCUUGAGGAUGGUCCUACCUUGAUAGCACACUCGCAUGGGGGGAUGAUGGAGAAUGGUGUCCCAACUCACAGCACCGUCGACAACAGCCGUAAACGCGAGAGAACACGACGUCAUGUUGGUUGUGAAAUUUGUGGGAAGGUUUUCCGUGAUGUUUAUCACCUGAACAGACACAAACUCUCUCAUUCCGGCGAAAAGCCAUACGCCUGCCCUGUGUGUGGCCUGCGCUUCAAACGGAAAGACAGAAUGUCAUACCACGUUCGUUCUCAUGAUGGUUCGGUGGGUAAACCGUACGUCUGCCAGAGCUGCGGAAAAGGUUUCUCAAGGCCUGACCACCUGAAUGGACACAUCAAGCAGGUGCACACCACAGAGCGACCCCAUAAGUGCCAGAUCUGUAAUGCUUCAUUUGCCACACGGGACCGGCUGAGAUCUCACCUGGCAUGCCAUGAGGACAAGAUUCCCUGCCAGGUGUGUGGCAAAUACCUGAGGGCGGCCUACAUGACUGACCACCUGAAGAAACACAGCGAGGGUCCCCACAACUUCUGCUCUAUCUGCAACAAAGGUUUUUCCACCGCCUCCUACCUUAAGGUGCACAUAAAAACGCACCAUGGCUCGGCACCUCCGGCGGGGCCCACCCCCACGCACGCCUUCCCCGAGCCCCACGCCGAGCUGCCAGCCCACCACGCCACGCUGCCCUACUACACGGGACGCCAGUGCGCAGUGGAAGACCUUUGCAGCAGUCGCCGGCUGCUGGUUACCUUCUCCGAGCCAGAGGGCGGGUGUUUCCGUGGGCUCGCCGGACACCCCGUGCUCCCCCAGCCUGGUCCCCCCGCCCUGAGUCUGCAGCCCGAGCUAUUUCUGGGCAAGCCCGGCGGGGCUCCCUAUAUCUGGGAGUGCCGCUCUACUGGGGGUCCAGGCUUCCCGGGCCUCCACGGGCCAGUGGCAGACGGGCAAGAGAACACUGGGAAAUGCCCCCACCAGGACUCGGAGGGCUCCGACACGUCCUUCACUGAGCUCUCCAAUGGAUCCGAGCUCAAGUCACCGCACAAGGAGGACGCAGUCGGGCUCAACUGUAACGGGGCAGGCAGCGGGACCCCUGAGACUCCAUCCACGGCGGGCGCGGGCUCCAAAGCCAAGGGCCCGGACUCCGACAGGAAGCACCCGUGCAGCGAGUGUGGCCAGGCCUUCCGCACCAAGUCCUACCUCAACAAGCACCUGCAGCGGGUCCACGGGGUGGUCGGGGCAGGGAAGGGCCUAGGCGACCUGUCCUCCCCGUCCCUCAGCUCUCCCUUCUCCCCCCAGCAGAACAUGUCCCUGCUCGAGUCCUUCGGCUUCCAGAUCGUGCAGUCGGCCUUUGCGUCCUCCCUGGUGGACUCCGAGGGGAGCGGCAGUGGGCUGACCGGAGGCAAGUGAGACGCGCAGGACAAAAGGCCCCGAUGUCAAAGGUCAAUGGUCGCCUUGCCAUAGCUGCCCCUCUCCUCUCCUCAGUGCCGCUUGUACCUCGCUCGCAGUGUUCCAUGAUGCCAUUGAAUAUUUUCUACCCUUUCAGAGCAGAGUAGGAUGGAAGUGUACAUAUAUGCAUUCUUCUAUUUUCCUUAUCUAAAGCAGCUAAACGGGUGUGUCCAAGCCCCACUGGCAGGUUGAACACUUUACUCUCAUUGUACAUGUAAGUGUCUUGUGAUAUGCAUAGCAAUGAAAAUGUGCUAUGUGAGUUUUUCUAUUAUUAUUAAUUAUUGUUUUGGGCUUGUGGAGUUGAUGCGGUGUGCGCGUUAAGGUAUGACACGGAGCUUCGAGGAGCUCCACAAAGGCUUCAGAUUUGCUCCCGCCCUCAUCUCCCCCACUCCCCUUGCUUUGCUCACUGACCCUUGAGUGCUAGAGGUCAGAGAGGUCACUGAUGCUGAAUGCUGAUGCUCGGAGGUUGUUGAUGAACUUUGAUGUUCUUCUGGGGGGUAUUCCAAGUAUGUGGUUUAGUGACAAACCUUGGUAAGUUAACUCAGAGUAAGUGGUAAAACUCCUACAACAAGAGCCCUAUGGCAUUGUAUACAUAUAGCUCUUCUAUUAGGAGGUGUACCCCUUACUCUGAGUUAACUUACCGAGGUUUGUCACUAAACCACAUACUUGGAAUACCCCCCUGGCGUGGUCUAGGUCAGCCUGCUGUUGGAUUGUGGUGGAAACAUGAUGAUAAUGGUGGUUCUUGGCAAAGUGCUCUAAGAUAAUUCACACGUCCCAUCGGAGACUAUGGCUUGGCCCAGAGGUGAACAGUCCAGUGGGCUCUGUGGGCGAACCAUAAUUCCUGACCACAACACAAUGUUGGCUGUGUAUGAUUGUUUUGUUUUGCUUUUGAUACCACAACAUUAUGACUCUGUGUGUUUGAAUGUCACACUAUUCAUAAGAUUAGUUCUAGAUAUCCAACAGGGACCAAUUUCAGGUUUGACUAAAAGAUUUUUGGCAAGAAAAGUAGAGUCUAUUUUAUUAAGUUAUUGAUUAUUUUGUCCCUAGUUCUUUGUAGUUUGCAAGAAAAAGUAUAUAUAUUGAGUUGUUACAAACAUUUAUGUGCUGUUCAUUAUUAUCUAAGUUAUGCUACAUGACAUGAGGGCUGUGUGAGAACUGUGUAACUGUGUUUGAGAGCGUGCUUGUAUUUGUGAGUGUAUGUCUGGUGGUCCCUGGUAGUACAUACGUCUACCCUCGGAAUGUAAAUCAGCCAGAGGGCUUUUGUACAUUUAUGCUUUGAAAUUUUUUUUUUUUUUUUUUCAGAGAAUUGUGUUUACUCAGUGAAGUUUCAAGCAUUCCCUCUUAAUUUAUACUUUUACUUUUUUGUGAUUCAAUCAUGUGUAUAUAACACACACAUACAAAUAUAUAUAAAUAUAUGAAAUGUAUAUAACUGACUAAGCUUAAUAAUGGAGACAUCUACAUAAGCGGGGAAAGUUGUAUUGCUCUUGUUGGCUUGGAUGGAAAGUAUGUGAUUUUGACUCUGGUUUUAGAUGCAGUGCACACGGUUGUCAAGCAAUCACACACUCAUUUCUGCACCCUGAUUCAGGACCUGAUAGGUAUGUGAUUGCACAACCAGUUGCAUGUAUGUGUGCGGUGCACUUGAGGGUUUGCCUGCAUGUAUGCAUUUCUACAUACAUGGUAUAUGAGUGAUCAUGAAAGAAAGUGUGUGUGUGUGUGUGUGUGUUUAUGGGGAAAGGUCCUGUGGGGUUGUUAAGGUCACUAACCUCUGCACAUCUCCAGGAUAGCCCCACCCCUUAAUGUAUUACACUGCAACUUUGAUUCACUGGCCUCUACAGAUGCUCAUGUACUAAUUAUGCACUUCCCUUUUCCCAUGAUCCCUUUCUGCAGGGGACAGAUCAGCUCAAUGUCCUUAAUCAACUAUGACCCUCAAUUUCUGCCAUCUCAGUUCAGUCAUUAUUGGUGUUACUUACAGCUGCCCUCAACCCUACUUCAUGCAAAUUAUGUCAUGGGACCUCAAAAAUACCCCCGUGACUCAUUCUCAGUGAUGUUUGGUCUGUCUGGUGGAGGGUUUGUCUUUUAUCUGUUGUCCCUUGUGAUUCACUGGAAUUUUUUAUCAAUAUUCUGAUUUCAUUCAUGUUAAAAUACUUUAGCUGUUGAAGCAUUAUUUCUGUCUUGGCGUCCAAGUCUUAUUUUUCAUGGUCUUGCAAAGUGCCUUCCCAAUAGUGAUUGUGAUUGAGCCAUGGGUGGAAAAUCAAAAGUGAAAUGGACCUGUCAUCUUCAAGGGUAGACCACAAACACAUGUAGAGCGAUUUGCAUUGACACUUUUUGUACGAGGUGAUCCACACAUGGAAAAAAAUGUACAUUUGUAUAUGUAUGUUUGGUAUUGGAUAUUCAGUCCCUUGAAAGGUUGUUCUUUACGUCACAAUUUCUUUUGUUAAUUUUUUGGAACAUUUCAAUAUAAACAUACUUUUCUAUAGAUGUUUGGUUUUUGUACACUGUUUUUGGAGUCUGGUGUCUCUGUCGAUUUGCAGAGAUUGGGAUAAAAUAAAAUGGCAUUUGAAACUCUUA